CGGUCAGGUGACAGGCUUUGGAGCAGCUGGCCAGCCUCGUCGCUCUCCAUCAUCCUAUGCUCGUAACAGGCACCGUCGCCAAGCGGGAGUGCACGGGAACGGGAUAGAGGCUCAUACUAACGGAUUGAUCUGAAUAUUUUCAAGAUAUUGGACGGAACUGAUUUAGGGUCAACGGCAUGGUUGAGCGAACAGCAUGUCUGUUGUUAUGGGUGGCGACCUUGACGCUGACAUCGGAGGUGCCAUCUGAUGACUCAGUGGCUCUGCUAGCGGAGCCCCAGGUAGCCAUGUUCUGUGGGAAGCUCAACAUGCACGUCAACAUCCUGAGUGGCAAGUGGGAGCCAGACCCCUCCGGCACCAAGAGCUGCAUCGGAACCAAGGAGGGCAUCCUGCAGUACUGCCAGGAGGUGUACCCUGAGCUCCAGAGCACAAACGUGGUGGAGGCCAAUCAGCCAGUCAGCAUCCAGAACUGGUGCAAGAAGGGACUCAAGCAGUGUCGCAGUCACACACACAUCGUGGUGCCCUACCGCUGCCUGGUUGGGGAGUUUGUGAGUGAUGCGUUGCUGGUUCCUGAUAAGUGCAAGUUCCUGCACCAGGAGAGAAUGGACAUGUGUGAGAGGUACCUGCACUGGCACACCAUGGCUAAAGAGUCCUGUGGAGACCGCACCAUGAAUCUCCAUGACUACGGCAUGCUGUUGCCAUGUGGCAUCGACUGUUUCCGAGGGGUGGAGUUUGUGUGUUGCCCGGCAGACACUCAUCGCGAGUCAGAGAGCGUCGAGCUGACUGAAUCUGACGUGUGGUGGGGCGGAGCCGAGACUGAAUACACAGAUAACGGCAUGAUUCACCAGGCGGAUCAGGGGGCUGCCACCCCUGAGGAUGAUGAGGAUGCCUUUGAUAGGGACGAGGAUGGUGAUGAGGAUGAAGAUGAUGUGACUGACAAACGGGACAGUGGUGAACGCACCUCCAACAUCGCCAUGACAACUACCACCGAGUCGGUUGAGGAAGUUGUCAGAGUGCCCACCAUGGCUCCUGCCCCCCCUGACGCAGUCGACCAUUACUUGGAGUCUACUGGAGACAACAACGAACACGCCGACUUCCAGAAGGCCAAGGAGAGUCUGGAGGCCAAGCACCGCGAGAGGAUGUCCCAGGUGAUGAGAGAGUGGGAGGAGGCAGAGAGGCAGGCCAAGAGUCUCCCUCACGCUGACAAGAAGGCUGUCAUUCAGCACUUCCAGGAGAAGGUGGAGGCCCUGGAGCAGGAGGCAGCAGGAGAGAGACAGCAGCUGGUUGAGACCCACAUUGCCCGGGUGGAGGCCCUGCUCAACAGCUGCCGUCGCAUGGCCCUGGAUAACUACCUUAGCGCCCUGCAGGCCAACCCACCCAGGCCUCGUCAGGUGCUGGGCCUUUUGAAGAAGUAUGUCCGUACAGAGCAGAAGGACAGACAACACACCCUGAAACAUUACGAACACGUCCGCAUGGUGGACCCCAAGAGGGCUGCUCAGAUCCGACCCCAGGUGAUGACCCACCUGCGUGUGAUUGACGAGAGGAUGAACCAAUCCCUUGGGCUGCUCUUCAAAGUGCCCAGCAUGGCCAACAAAAUCCAAGACCAAGUUUCAAUCCUGAUGCAGAGGGUUCAGUCAGAGCUGUCUCAGCAAGUCUCAUCUCUGCAGAGUGAUGAGAGGACUGAUGUCAGGGUGAGCUAUGGGAACGAUGCCCUGAUGCCUGACCAGGCCUACAGCUCUGCCCCUCUGGACCCUGGCAUGAGCCUGGACAGACUCGGCUUCAUCCACCCAGAGAGUUUCAACCAACCCAACACCGACAACCAUGCAGUUGAGCCUGUUGACGCUCGUCCACUUCCAGAUAGAGGUCUGCCCACUCGGCCUGUCUCUGCUCUGAGGCCUGAGGAGUUCCAUGAGGUGCGGAUGGAGAAAGGAGAGCGGCAAAGCGCCAGCUAUGGAGUGCAUCAUCAAAAAUUGGUGUUCUUUGCUGAAGAUGUUGGCUCCAACAAAGGUGCCAUCAUUGGGCUGAUGGUGGGUGGGGUUGUCAUAGCGACAGUCAUCGUCAUCACUCUGAUCAUGCUGAGGAAGAAGCAGUACACCUCCAUCCAUCACGGGGUCAUCGAGGUGGAUGCUGCAGUGACCCCAGAGGAGCGACACCUGUCCAAUAUGCAGCAGAAUGGUUAUGAAAACCCCACCUACAAGUUCUUUGAAUAGAUGCAGAACUAAGGAGCUACCCUUUGAUCCCUCACUGACCCUGAACCCUCCUUAACCCCUCACACCUAGGCCCCGUUGCAUUUUGGUCCCUAAACCCUUCUCCUCGCUCUUACUCUUAAUUUCAAUGGAUCUUAAAGGACUGGAUUGGUGAAACCAGUAUGACUGAAACUCCACGUAAAUCUAUUGGGUUAGAAAGAGCCGUGGUCAUAUUAGUUAUAGCUACCCAGGGGUGGUGAAGGCAAAAUGGAACCAAGCCACACACUCACCAUCUCUUCCUCGUAGAGUGCAGCACAUCAACAUCCAUAGCUGCCAUUAGUCAGACAAGGGUAUCCUUCUUCACCUACACAUGUUUAGCCAAUCACAGGUGAGAUCCCAUAGCGUUUGUACAGAGUAGAGAAACACAUUGAUUUAUCUGUCCAUGUAUCUGUGGGUUGGCCCUCCCCCACAGUACAGCACUCACAUCUCUAAGUGGGCUAAACAGAGGCCUCAUAUACACCUGUAAUCCUCCUCCCUCGGAAGUACUCUCCUCUCCCCCUCCUCCUCCCUCCAUCUCUCCCACUGCCCCUCUCAGAUGACGGCUGUGCUGUUUUUGGUGAUGAUAUAACAGCUCUUAGUGCUAGUGAAGGGAGGAUGGGCUCAGUCUACCUUGAGCUCCUCUCUGCAGGGUUAUAUCCCAAGAGUUUCAGGUUUGUUUUUCAGGUAAAACAUAUAUACAAAUAUAUAUAUAUAUAUGUCCUCAGAAAUAUGUAAAUGAAGAAAUAUUGAAUGUUUUUAUUUUGUGCAAAAUGUAUUGAAACAAGGCAGAAAAAAUCUGUAACUAUAUGUAGUGCAUGGUGAUAUUGAUGACGGAUAUACAUAGAGAACCUGGCUCCUGUCGUGGGGACUGGGCCUCACAUGUACACUUAGCAGGAUCAAACAUUUUAGUGUCUUCUUUUUAUCUUGUGAUAUGAAGAGAAAAAAAGUUUUUCAAAUCUGUUUUUUUGUUGUCACGGAGACAUGCUUUAAACAGAAUCUGUGCUCUCCUUUGUUUUCUCCCCCCCCAUGCCUCAUUCUGUCUUAGCUGCAUGGGCUGAAUGCUCUAUAUGUAAUAUAAUAUGAAGUGUAAUAGUAUCUGAAAGGAAGUCGAAUGUGUUACUGUUUGCGUUCUAUGCACUCAUUUAGAGUCAGAUGAUUUACUGGUAUUACUGCUCUGUUUAUCAGCACUCCCUGUCUGUUAACUGAUAUUCCAUGUCCAUAGAAUUGUGUUUCAGCUCCAUUCCUCAUUUUAUUCCAGAAAUCUUUCCAAUUGCUAUAUCAUCUGUGAAUAUCUAUGAAUAUAAUUUAUGGAACAGAAAUAAUGUAUAUUUUUCUCAGGCUUUCACUCAUUUUCUCUCUUUCCCACCCUCUGUCCCAUAGACCCCCCCCCCCAUCCCUUCUCUAUCACUCCUUCUCUGUCCCAUAGACCCCCCCUUCCCUGCUCCCCAUUCCUUCUCUAUCACUCCCUCUCUCUGUCCCAUAGACCCCCCCCAACAGCCCUGCUCCCCAUCCCUUCUCUAUCACUCCCUCUGUCCUAUAGACCCCCCCCCCAACAGCCCUGCUCCCCACCCCUUCUCUACCACUCCUUCUCUCUUUGUGCUGUGUCGGCUUGGUGUGUGUGCAGCGCUUUGGAGUUGGUGUGUAAGAGAAUUAGAUAAAGUUGAUAGAGAUGGGCAGGGAUUGAGUGUGAUAAAAAUUAGAAUGUACAAAUCUAACAUUCCCUGUCACCUUUCGUAUCAUCACUCUUCACACACACAUUCCCUCCAGUGUUUGAUACAUGUACCUAUGUGUUUCAUGGUGGAUAUCCCCCUUCUUGCUUGUCUUGUCAAAUCUCGAAGUCUCAGACCUCCUGAUUUUAGGAGGCUAAAGAAAUACUGACCUCAGACCAGUUUGUUGGUAAAAUUGAUCUCGGACCAAUGU